AUGUCAGCACAAUCUAAUCUCACCAUCGGACAGGAACCGUCAGGAAAUCCAAAUUACGGAACCUUCACUCGAAGUCCUGCAGGACAGGCUCGAUCAAGCGUCGCUGGCAGACGUCGUGUACCUCUUCGUAGGAUGGACGUCAACGUCGAAGCUACUUACACUGUCCGAGAUGAGGAGCUCAAAUACACUUAUAUCCGCGAUUACAUGCACAAUAAACCAGACGUUAACAAGCCUUUACCUCCUCUGCCUGACCAGAAACCAUCUUCGCGCCCGGCCAGUCCCAUCGAUCGAGCUGCUCAUUGGAUUGAAAAGAAAGUCGUUACGCCUGUCAAGGAGAUUUUCAGCACCCCCAAGGUGACAGAGAUGAUCGAACAGAAUCAGGAGAAUCGGGCCAAUAACUCAUACGCAUCUCUCGCUGAGUCAAGAACCCAACCUGGAGCGAGCAGACACUCAAGAGGUAGAUCAAGCGUUGAUCGCCGUGAAGCUUCUCCAAGACGAUCCGGAAGUGUCUCAUCGUGUGAGUCAUUUCAGUGUCCACCUGCUACUCCCAGAUCCCGUAUGUCAGACAGCUCUAUGACAAGCAGCGUUCGGCACGCAUUUCACAGUGCUCAGCAGGUGGGGAGUCGCCUGAGGCUGAACCAUGAAGCCGGAAGACUAGUCUUUGCCGACACAGCACCAGCUGGAAUGAUGGAUCCUUGCAGCGUCUGCCGCAAGGAGCCCAAAGGAGUGUUGUAUCGUGGACGUUGUCGCGAUUGUAGGUAA